AAGUGUUAACGCCCUCUGCGUUUGUUAACUGUCAUCUGUGGAAAGAAUAAGAAAACUCAAUCCAGAUAAACUGCCUUAAAAAGGGCUUCUUUGAAGUGGUCUCGCGAUAUUAUUUCCUUCAAAAUGCAGAAUCAAGACAAAGUUCUGGACAAUUCUUUGGAUUACAUCUCAAGCAGAGUCAAUGAUUUGAAGAAAGCUCUAGCAGACCUUCUCAUGAAACUUGAACAUCAUCAUGAAACUCUCAGUUGGCCAUCUGUUCUUAACAGUUUUGCUCUAUUAUCAGGUCAGAUUAACACAUUGCAUCGGCAUCUCAAGAGUGAUAAGACUCCAACACUGAAGAACCUGAUCAUUCUCCCACUUAAACUAUCUCAAGACAGAGAUGAAGAACUAGAGAAAGUAACGGAGGGACGUGUGCCAUGUUUCAACCAUGACGUAGUUCCAAACUAUCUUCGUACAAAGCCAGAACCAGAGAGCGAGGAGAAGGAGCAGACAUUAUCCAAAGAUGCUGCGCAGAUUUCACCCGAACUAGCCAAGAAACAGAUUGAUAACCUGAACAGACUAAGUACUCAUCUUCUUAGUAUGUUAUCAACUCAAAGAGACACAUGGGAUCCCGAUUCAUCUCGGCUGAACAUGUCAACCUCUUCUCCAACGGAUACCAAUGCUCUAGUGGCGGCAAUCAGUGUUGGCAGGGGCAUCAACAGACAAACAUCCAUGCCUACUCCGAUGGCAGCUCAGAUGGCACGACAAGUAGAGCAACAUGCUCCUGUUGGUAAGAUGCCCAGUAGUAUCAGGACCAACAUCAAGUCUGGAAGUGGUCAUCCUUAUCAUCACAGAUAACAAUGUGACACAAAAGCCCAUGAUCGUGACAAUCAAAAUUGUUUAGCGAUUAACCUCUAUCAUGCUUAGGAGAUUUGUGUCAACUGUGUCUGCGUACAGAUUGUUCUACACAAUCGUGGCUGAACCCAAUUGGUCAACUAUCAAUUUGGUCCAGGAAAGAGUUGGAUACGUACCCACCACCAAAUAACAGAAGGGAUGUUAAGACUUCCCAGUAUUCUCACUUCUGGUUUCACUCUACAACUCUUUUUUUCCCCUUUAACUUACCUUAGUUGGGACUCAAGCUCAUCUUAAUGGAACUGCAGUCAAGAUUUCUGACCACUGUGCUAGCGAGAUAGCUGAUAGAUAAGCCGAUAGCUUAAGUGUUUUUGAGCGAUUAUAAAAUGAUAGUUCUACUAGUCUGAGCUUCAGAAACAUAGUAAUUUUGUUUUUCGGACAAAAUAGACCGAUGUCUGUGGACAAUCACACACACUCGAACCUGGAACAAAAUUUGACAGAAUACAAGUCAUACAUGUAUUUUGGUAUGUAUUCAAAUUUCCCUUCAUAUUUGUUCUAGAUAGGGCUAGAUAUAUUGUUUUAAACCUUCUCCAUAUUCUAUUUUUCAGUUAGGUGUAUCUGUCAUUUAUCUAAAUGUCCAGAUGGUCUAUUUUCCACUUUUUCUACUUAUUAUUCUGCACUUUGUCAAAUAAAAAUUUGGUUUAUCAAAAGUUCAUCUUGAGCAUCUUUAAUAGAAACCAAGUUGUGGUCUUGUGGGUAUGACUCUUGUCUUUCAAUCUGAGGGACAUGGGUUCGAUUCCAAGCUAGGUUGUGUUUUCCUACAGCAAGAAAUUUACCCACAUUGUGCUGCACUUAACCCGGGUGAGGUGAAUGGGUACACAGGGAGGAAGAAAUUCCUUGAAUGCCCAAGUGCCUGGGCAGCCUACCUAAAGCCAGGGUAAUAAUAAUAGCAGGGCCUGCUUAGAGAAGUUUUCAGAACUGAAGUGGCUACCCUGGGUAAAUAUGUCGAUAGUGGUAGUGGUAGUAGUGGUGAUGGUUGUGGUAGUAGUAAUCUAUAAUCUUGAGACUAAUCUAUUACACUGAAUUUCUUUCUUUGAAUACACCAUUAUUAAACGUAAAUUUAAUUGUCUGUGGGCUAGUUAAGAUUAGUAUAUAUUUUCUUUAGGUCUUAAAAAUGAACGGUUUCUUUCAAUGAAAAUUUCAGUUGUUGAAAUAAAGUUUUCUUUCCUUGUAUGUUAUAAAAAAAUAAAUCUUUGCCCUCAUCUAUAUAAUUCUAUGGUUUCCAUUUUAUUAGCCUAGCUAUUACGUGUUCGAUAAUUCCUGUAUGUGCAUGGUAUCUUUAAAAUUAAUUGAAAAAGCAUGGUUUCCAAAAUUUUCAUGUUACAGCCGUGUCGGUGGUUGCUAAGCAACGAGAAUGUCAGAAGUCAAGAAUUGUUAGUGAUCAUUCCUGUCAUAAAGAAAAAAUCAAAGGAAAAACUCUUUAUUAACCUGGUAAAUGGUGUUGGAUACAAUUAUCAUUUCCUUUAAUCAUUCCCCCCCAAAAUUCUCCUCCACAAUUUCAGGUUAAUCCUUGUCCUUGUUUAGUCUUGGCAUAAAAUUUACCCCCCACUGAUGUUAAUACUUCAAAUUAUAAGACAUCAAGUAAAAUGAUGUAUUUCUGUCCAGACUUCAACCUUAUUUUAGAUUGUUCUACAGCUUUCUUGAGUUGGGUAGCGAAAACAUUUUUCUUGCCUCUGUGACAAACCCAUUGAAUGCAUUCAUGUGUUUUUGCGCAAUUUUAUUUGCAGCACCCUUAGACUAAGCUUUCUUCAAAGUUAUGUAAAGUUCCAUAAUAUGAAUUGUAUUCAAGGGGACGUUCACCCUUACAAUAAGUUUUUUUGUUAAAACAAAUGAAGAAAAAUUUGAGAAAAAAAACCAAGGUUCUAUUACAAUCCAUCAAAGAAUAAGAGAUAUUUUUUUAAAAAGUUUUAAUUUGUGACCUAAAAUGCGAACAGCUCUCCCAUAUAUAGUGGAAUAUAAAUUAAUUUAUUCAAAUUCUUUCAUGGAACAUGACAAAUAUUUUCCUUAUAGAAGGGUUAUAAAAUGGUGUAUCCACUGCACUAACAAAAACACUUCAAUUUUUUUUGGGAAAUGUUAUUUUGGGGAAUUUAUAUCACAGGUCGUAUAGAAGAGCUGCUUGUCUGUAUCGUCAAAAAAUAAAACAUGAACUCAAAACUAAAAUUCAUUCCUGCCAGUUAUUCUUUAAAUGGAUUUUCAUCAAUCAAUAUAUUUUCUAUAAUUUUUCUUCUUUUAUUAAAACUAACUUAUCGUCAGGGUGAACUUCUUCUUUAAGUUGAUAAAUAAAAGUAUUUGAUACUUGCCAAGUUAAUUCAUCUUACAACUUCAAAAUGCGAAAUUGGAAUGAAUUAGUAACAAAUGUGUUAUGAGGGACCAAACAAAUUUGUAUUUCAUGUAACUACCCACUUUUUGUAUAAUAAAUUGUACAUUAACAAAAACUUCAAUUGAAUGAACCUUUUUAACAUGUAUUUCUCAGACGUAGAAAAACAUUGAAUGGAAUGCUGAAUGACCUUUGUGACCUUGAAUCUUCAACAACCAUACCCCAGAAAGGAACUCGAAUCAUUGUCACUCAACUAUAAAGCAUCCACAAUCCAAAUAUGAAAUUGAUCCGUUACACAGGUCUUGAGUUGUGAGAAUAAAAACGGUAGACACAAAUCUGAAAACAUAAUGCCUCUGGUACCAGAUGGUGAAUGGUGGCAUAAUAAUCACUUUUAAAAAAAUUAUUGAGACAUUGUAUUUUGACAUAUACAACUAAACUGAAAUACCUUGAAUUUUAAGAAGAAAAACACAAAACCAUAAACUGUAUCAAUGUGCAUUGAGAUAAGGUUUAUUAGUAUGAAAACAUGGACAGAAAUCUACCUCCUAAACGGACAAUGGAGCUAUACACAUAACAAACAUACAUACAGUUAUAAGCAAACGACUUGGUAAUUUAUAAACCAUAGGGACAAAGCCGUUGGGAUUAAAGGUCCACCCAAAGAGAUUAACCCCCCCCCCUCCUCACAGUGGUGAAAAAUCAAAGUGAGUGAAAGAAUGUAAAUGUUCAGGGUUAAAUGAUUUCAAUUCCUGUGUCACAUAAUCUCACUUUGUCUCAGCAUUUCUCCCCUCCAGUAUAAGUAUGGAAGAUAGUCUACCAGCACAGACUCAAAUUUGAAACUUACACAAAUAAAACCAUGUCUAGGAUGGAGACUAGGCCUUCAGACCCUGUGUGUGUGUGUAUUUGGUAGAAGCAGCCACAGCGCAUGAGCGAAUAUAGAUGUAGUCUCCUAAUUCAGACUCUGCAUUUUGCACUAUGUGUAAAACAAGU